GAGGAGGAGAAGGUAAGAAAGGAUAUUAUAUUCUUUAUCCUCUACUGUUUUCUGUUUUGAUCUUACUGUCGACGGCCCACCAAUUUUUACUUGACUUCACAACUUGUUCUUCUCACCGAUGAACUCCGAAAGCCCCGUGCAUUAUCAUCUAUACAAACGGUUUGCUGAUGGUAGAUAUUCUGAGACUUAGUACACUUUGCUUACUGAAAUAUUGAAGAAGGCUGGAGUACCCUCUAGUCACCUAGUUAAGAUGAUCCAAGAUUUCAAUAUCACCCCAAGCUGGGCGGAUAUACCCCUUCCUCCAGGUACAGACUGCCGGCACCUUGCUCUUGCCCUUUGCUACUCUGAAGCUCGGCUUUAUGAGACUCACGCCCUACCCGUGUCAUUCUCCGGCUGUUUCGCAAAGAGGGAUACUUCGACAUUCGAACCCAGCUUUGCUGAUAUCAUUCGUUUAGGCCGUUCUCUCAACUCCUGUCAGGUGACAUUUUACAGUAUGUGUCCGCAACAUGUUCAAUUACCUAUCAAUCCAAGCUUUGCACCUUUUCCUCCUCCGCGCCAUGAAUCCUCGGCACCUCCAGCCCCUGUGCUUGACAACAGCCAAACCCGAAAGCGCCUUCUUUUCCCAUCAGACAGACCCAUCUUAGCGCCGCGUGCGAUACAACCCCGACCAACGACCAGUACAGCUUCGUUCAGUAGUGAGAGUGGUGCGUCAGCCCUGUUGUCCCCAGGUUCGGAGAGCAUGCCAUCCCGAGGGGAACCACCACGCAAGCGCGGUCGACCCAGCAAAGCCGAAUCAGAGAGACGAAGAGCAGCCGCUGAAGCUCGCGGAGAAACCUAUCCACCUCCGAGGCGAACUGGUUCUAGCAAAAUGAAAGCUCCUUCUACACCAACCAGUCCCUCAAACAUAGAACCUCUGGCUGCCUCGUUCAUUCCUCAUGCUAGUGGCAGUCGACACCCAGGUGUACUACGAUCUGAUCUGCAUUACGUACCCCCGCCCGGAAGACCGCCGAGACUUUCAGGACCAAAUGAAAAUCAGGGGAUGAGGGAUAUGCCCCAUCGUGACAUAGGGCCUCCAGUGAGAGACUUGCCACGACCAGCGGAAAUGAGACAGAGACUACCUUCCCCGCAAACACUACAUUCAGGCCAGAGGGAGACGAUCUCGCGCAUGGAGCCUGGGGAGCGACCCUUUGAGGCACCCCCACCAGAUCGGAUAUCUUUCGGUGAUAGCAGCCGAAGAUCUCUCCUUCAUAGAUGCCCAGAUGAACCACCUAUCUCAGGUCCGGAAGUGCCUCUGCACACUUCGGUCGAGAAACGAGCCGAAUGACCUUCAAUACUCUGGGUACCCGAUCAUUUAAGUUCGCUAGUUUAAAAGGCUAUUGAGACAUGAUGAAUGAAUUACACUGUCGGUUAUGACAUAGAUAGCAUUGAUUUGAACACACAAAUCUCACUUAUUAUGACCUGUGAUGAGUUACUAAAAAUGAAGGCUACGAGCAGCAUGCACCACCGCACUUGCUUUCUUCUUUGUUUCAAUUCCUUUUGCUUCAAAUUCUGUGGGUGAGUUAACGAACUCAGCAACGCAUUCCUUGGAUAUCUCUUCAUUUUUAUCGUCAUGUCUGAGCUGGCAAGCCUGAUAUAUCAUUACAGGUCUAGCCAGUAAACCUGACUUUUGUCCUGUAUGUGUUUCUGGUUCAUAGAACUGGUAUAAGGAAAGUCAACACCUUGUCACUCGCAAACGAGCCCUGGGGAUAACUUAAUACUAUUAUAUUCCGUUCAUUUCAAGUGCUGAUGCCGAUGCUCCUUAACAAACUGAGUUGAUAUGAAUAUCACGCUUUUUUAUCCCGUGAUUUU